GAGUCCAUGCACAGAGUCGAUGCUCCAGGAGUUUUGGAAACGAUGACUCGGCUGGGGUGCAUAGUAAGGAGGACAUACUUUGUGCAGGGGCCUUUGUCCUUAGUCCAUGUGGACAGACACAAACCAUAAGCUUAUGCGGUACAACAUUGUCAUAUUUGGAGCAAUAGCUGGGUAUUCGAGAAAGUGCAACACUUGUAACAAACGUAUUUCGUGCAAUGGAGGAUGCACCACGAAUAUGGCAAAACAUCUUCGCCAGCAGCACGGUAUACAAAUCAAAGAAUGUACCGUGUUUGAAAUGUUGCGCCAGCCUCCCUCCUCCUCACAAGCCUCGUCCUCCUCCGUCAGCCCGGCUCAGCCAACAGCCAGCACCUCCUCGUCAGAGCCCUCGCAGUCAGAUGAAAGCUCGCAGUCGCAGAGUUUACGGCCUAACGUUACUGCUCAAGCUAACAAGCUGGUCCCACAACAUAAAACUCCCUUCACCUUAGCGGCUGGAAAGCUGACUGACACUGAACAGUUAACAGUGCAUGAUUGUGGAGGAGAUGGUGAGAGGAGCCAGGGCGACAAGGAAGGAGUGGAGAGUGAGGAAGAGGAGCAUCCACCUCCCCGCAAAACUGUGAGGAUGACUCCACUGGAGGAGCUUUUUGCUGACGAAGAUGCUGUAAAGAUGACAUCACUGCAGACCUCCACAUCCAUCCAGGACAGAGUUGAGAAGGAGUUGUAGAUGUACAAGGAUAUGCCACCCAUGGUUACAUCUGAUGACCCUGCUGCUUGGUGGUGGAACAUGCGAACGACGUAUCCUUGUUUGUCAGACAUGGCCUUUUCAUUUUUAUGUGUACAGGCCUCCUCUACACCAAGUGAACGAGUUUUCUCCACUGCGGGAAACACAAGCUGUGCUGAACGUUCACAUAUACUGCCUGAGAAGGCAGAUAUGCUUAUUUUUCUGAACAAAAACUGUUAAUGUGGGGAGUUUUUAUAUCUGCUUGUUCCAUGCAGGCCUCCUUUACACCGGGUGAAUAAGUUUUCUUUAAUGCGGGAAAUACAAUCUGCUGGACGUUCACAUAUACUGCCUGAGAAGGCUUGAGAUAUGCUUAUUUUCUUGAACUGUUUCUAUUCUGUUUUUUUUUUUAUACCUGCUAGUUCCCUGCAGAAUGUGAAUGACUGACUGAAUGUGAGUCAAUUUGUGGAAAGGUGUAUUAAAAAAAAAUAAUAAAU